AUGGAAGCUGGCAAGGAGAAGGUCUUGAAUAUUGGUGCAACUGCAAAGGCUGGCAUGGACAAGACGAAGGCCACCGCUGAAGAAAAGAUCGAGAGAAUGAAGACCAGAGAUCCACUGCAAAAGGAAGUGGCGGAGGGGAGGAAGCUGGAGAAAAUUCAUCAAGCUGAGCUGGCGAAGCAGCAAGCUUACAAGGAGAACGCGAUACAGAAAGGUGAAGGAGAAGGAGAAGCGCACCACAUAGGAGCCGGCCACCAAACCGGCUUGGUUGGGCACCACGCAGGAGUCGGACACCAGACAGGCUUAGGUGGGCACCGAACAGCCGUCGGACACAAAACCGGGUUGGAUGAGCCAACAAACGGCGGGACUGGCUUUCAUAGGACUGAUGCACCAAUUGCAGACACUAAAAUUAUCCAAACUGUACAGGAAACUGGCGGUGGAUUGUACUAA